GUUGCGAUAAAACGAGACGGAGAAUUGCUCACUUCGCGUAGCGGUAAACAGCAAACUUUAUCCAAAUUCCAAGUUGCCGGAACCCGCUCAGUUCUACUCCAGCCGCAGACGAUAACGCACGCGUUUUCUCUCUAUAAACUGAUAUAACUUUACGUAAGUUAACCAUGACGCUUCCAUGCGUGUUUGCGGUUCUGGCUUUGAUCGGGGCUACCUUCGCGGGCCCUGAGGUCACCGAACUUAAGGUCGACGUCGUGAGCGUCCCAGAAGAAUGCACCGUCAAGUCCAAGCACGGCGACAUGCUGACCAUGCACUAUACCGGCACCUUGGACGAUGGUCACAAGUUCGACUCCAGAUAUCAGGUUUAA